AUGAGGUACCAUAUGGAAGAAACUAAUCCUGCAGAUACUCCGUUGGAUCAACAUCAGGCAUUAAGCAAAGAAAUGGCACCGAAGACAGUUGAAGAAAUAGCCGACAUGAAGACCUUAUCAAGAAGCUGCACCGAAAACUUCAAAUUGGAGUACAGCAGCGAUGGAAACGUAAGCCUAGAGGGAUUCAACAAUUCAGAUUGGGCAAAUGACCAAGACCAGCGGCGUUCAGUUUCAGGCACACUUUUCAGAUUACAAGGAAGCGCUAUAUCUUGGCAAAGUAAACUUCAGAAGACUGCUGCCCUAUCAACGACUGAAGCGGAAUAUACAGGCUUCGCAAAUCUAUAUCAUUUUAAGACAUUAAUAAAUCAAAUUAUUAAGGGAAACAAAACGGUUUCGAAAACACAAGUUUCACGAUUAAGAAGAUUCCAAGCUCUAUUUGUGAAGAACAAAAUCCAAGUGACUCGUGAUUACUCAGGGCUAAAUCUUGCGAUAUCAAUACCGAUAUUAAUAUGGGCUACAGCACUUUUGGUAAUUGGUAGUGAUCCAACGAACUUGAAGAUCGGGAUUGUUAACGAUGAAGCUGGCAAUUGCGACGGCAGUAACUUUGGCAAUAUUUGGAAUGAUGAAAUCAGCUGCCACUUCAGCAACCUCAGUUGUAGAUUCCUGAACAAUUUUGACGACUCCAUUGCGACACAGAAGUACUAUAACAAUAUUUCAGAGGCGAAAUAUGAUAUUCAAAGAGGAGAACUUCAUGGUAUAAUAUAUUUUCAUCAAAAUUUUUCUGAAGCUCUAAAAAUACGAGUGGAACAUGUUACUUUCGCGAAGGAUUCCGAUCUUCUUGUUAGUCAGAUUCAAGUUUUCCGUGAUAUGGGCGAAGUACCAAUAGGACUUUUUCUAGAGAAGAAUCUAUUUGAAUGGUUUUUGGACGUUUUCAAGACUAUCAUGAGUGACUGUAAAUAUUUGCCAAAAUUAGCCACUCCGCCGAUACGAUUUGAAGAUCCUAUAUAUGGUACUACUGAUUUAAAGUAUAUAGACUUCGCGAUACCAUCACUUCUAUCAAUAAUAGCCUUCAUUUUGGGCAAUACAGUCUCUUCCAUCUUGAUAAUCACAGAUCGAGAGGAGGGUGUCUGGAAUCGAAGCUUAGUCCAAGGGGUCAAACUAGAAGAAAUUAUUCUGUCUCACAUUGUUGUUGAGAGCAUCAUCACAAUUAUCCAUACCAUUACGGCAAUACUCAUAGUCUUCCCUGUAUGGGGUUUGGAAUGUAAAGGAUCGAUAUUCGUUAUAAUCUUCCUUCUCUUUCUCAUCGAGUUUUGUGGAAUGAUGUGUGGUUUUGUUAUAUCUACCUAUUGCACAACUUUUUUCGCGGCCGUAUUCAUUUCAACCGGAAGUUUAUUACCGACGGUAAUAAUGACUGGAUGUUUUUGGCCAACAGAGGGAAUGCCGACAGGGCUUGACUGGAUUAGCCACGUAUGGCCAACUACAUUGCCCUCCCAAUCUUUCAGGGGAAUCAUUUACAAAAAUUCUUCCAUUUCUGAUUCUGAAGAUUAUAUUGGUUUUAUAACAACAUUAGGGUGGACAGUGCUAUUCUUUGUUGUAACUAUAUUUGGUAUGAAAUUGAAAUCGUAGUAAUAUUAGAAGUUUUUUGUCUACAUUAUAUAAAUACAGUCUUGAAUUGUCUACAAACUGCAGUAGAUAAAUGUACAGAGUGAGCCUCUGAAAGUCUUAUUGCUUUAUGUGGUCAAGGAAAUAUAUAAUUAUUCAUAUUGUUGCCAGUAUAUAAUUAGCAAAUGUAUUUAAUUUUAUAGUUAAAUUUUGUUUGAUACGUCCUGACUUCUGGUAUUUUAAAUCCUUGAAAAUGAACGCAAUCCGGUGGUCGAAACGUUGGAUGUAACCUAUUAAAUAAAUAAUUUACACCAUCUGCCACUUGGGUAGUUGGUCGUCUAAUAAUCCUCUCCCCUACACUUUAUAAUUAUUUUCUCCGUUUAAAUAGGUGUGUAAGAUAUCGUUUGCUUCAAACGAAUAAAAAUUCAUGAACUGAA